UUAGAGGCCCCGGCUGAGGAACUAGAUGACAGAAGUUUAGAAGAAAUUUUGAGUAGUAUUCCUCCACCCCCACCCCCAGCCAUGACCAGUGAAGCUGGAGCUCCUCGGCUCAUGAUAACUCAUAUCGUAAACCAGAACUUCAAGUCUUAUGCCGGGGAGAAAAUUCUGGGCCCUUUCCAUAAGCGCUUUUCCUGUAUUAUUGGGCCAAAUGGCAGUGGCAAGUCCAAUGUUAUCGAUUCUAUGCUUUUUGUGUUUGGCUAUCGAGCUCAAAAAAUAAGAUCUAAGAAACUGUCGGUGCUAAUUCAUAAUUCUGAUGAACAUAAGGAUAUUCAGAGUUGCACUGUAGAGGUUCAUUUCCAAAAGAUAAUUGAUAAGGAAGGGGAUGAUUAUGAAGUCGUGCCUAAUAGUAACUUCUAUGUAUCUAGAACGGCCUACAGAGAUAAUACUUCUGUCUAUCACAUUAGUGGGAAGAAAAAAACAUUUAAGGAUGUUGGAAAUCUUCUUCGAAGCCAUGGAAUUGACUUGGACCAUAAUAGAUUUCUAAUCUUACAGGGUGAAGUUGAACAGAUUGCUAUGAUGAAACCAAAAGGCCAGACUGAACAUGAUGAGGGUAUGCUUGAGUACUUAGAAGACAUAAUUGGCUGUGGUCGGCUGAAUGAACCUAUUAGAGUCUUGUGUCGGAGAGUUGAAGUACUGAACGAACACAGAGGAGAGAAGCUAAACAGAGUUAAAAUGGUAGAAAAAGAAAAGGAUGCCUUAGAAGGAGAGAAGAACAUGGCCAUUGAGUUUCUGACCUUAGAAAAUGAAAUAUUUAAAAAAAAGAAUCAUGUUUGUCAAUACUACAUUUAUGACCUGCAGAAACGAAUUGCUGAAAUGGAAACUCAAAAGGAAAAAAUUUAUGAAGAGACCAAAGAAAUCAAUGAGAAGAGUAAUAGACUGUCAGAUGAAAUGAAAGCUAAGAAUAAAGAUGUUAAAGAUGUAGAGAAGAAACUGAAUAAAAUCACAAAAUUUAUCGAGGAGAAUAAAGAAAAAUAUAAACAAUUAGAUUUGGAAGAUGUUCAAGUUAGAGAGAAAUUGCAACAUGCUAAAAUUAAAGCUAAAAAACUAGAGAAACAACUUCAGAAAGAUAAAGAAAAGGCUGAAGAAUUUAAAAAUCUGCCUGUCAAGAGUAAGAAUAUCAUAACUGAGGCAACAGCCAGAAGCAAUUCCCUUGAGAAGGAAAAGGAGAAAGAAGAAAAAAAGUUGAAGGAAGUUAUGGACAGCCUAAAACAGGAAACUCAAGGGCUUCAGAAUGAAAAAGAAAGUCGAGAAAAAGAACUUAUGGGUUUCAAUAAAUCAGUUAAUGAAGCACGUUCAAAGAUGGAUGUGGCCCAGUCAGAACUUGAUAUCUAUCUCAGCCGUCAUAACACUGCAGUGUCUCAACUAAAUAAGGCGAAAGAAGCCUUGGUUACAGCUUCUGAAACUCUGAAAGAAAGGAAAACUGCCAUCAAAGAUAUAGAGGCCAAGCUCCCUCAAACUGAACGGGAAUUAAAGGAGAAAGAAAAAGAAUUCCAAAAACUUACACAAGAAGAAAAAAACUUGAAGAGUUUGGUUCAUGAUCUUUUUCAAAAGGUUGAAGAAGCAAAGAGUUCCUUAGCAAUGAAUCGAAGUAGGGGGAAAGUCCUUGAUGCAGUCAUUCAAGAAAAAAAAUCUGGCAGGAUUCCAGGAAUUUAUGGAAGAUUGGGGGAUUUAGGAGCCAUUGAUGAAAAAUAUGAUAUUGCCAUUUCAUCGUGUUGUCAUGCCUUAGACUACAUCGUUGUUGAUUCUAUCGAUACAGCCCAAGAAUGUGUGAACUUCCUGAAGAGACAUAACAUUGGAGUUGCCACCUUCAUAGGUCUAGAUAAGAUGGCAGUGUGGGCAAAAAAGAUGACCAAAAUUCAAACUCCUGAAAACACCCCUCGGUUAUUUGAUUUAGUUAAAGUAAAUGAUGACAAAAUCCGCCAAGCUUUUUACUUUGCGUUGCGGGAUACCUUGGUAGCUGACAACUUGGAUCAAGCUACAAGAGUAGCCUAUCAGAAGGACAGACGGUGGAGAGUGGUGACAUUACAGGGACAAAUCAUAGAACAGUCAGGCACAAUGACUGGUGGUGGAAGCAAAGUGAUGAAGGGGAGAAUGGGAUUAUCACUCGUCCUGGAAAUCUCUGAGGAAGAGGUAAAUAAAAUGGAAUCACAGUUGCAAAAAGAUUCUCAAAAAGCAACACAAAUCCAAGAACAGAAAGUACAACUUGAAGAAGUCAUAAUUAAGUUACGGCACAGUGAACGAGAAAUGAGGAAUACACUAGAAAAGUUUACUGCAAGCAUCCAGCGUUUAUCGGAACAGGAAGAAUAUUUGAGUGUCCAAGUUAAGGAACUUGAAGCUAAUGUACUUGCUACAGCUCCUGACAAAAAAAAACAGAAACUGCUAGAAGGAAAUGUCAGCGCUUUCAAAGCAGAAUAUGAUGGUGUGGCAGAGAAAGCUGGCAAGGUAGAAGCUGAGGUUAAGCGGUUACAUGAUCUCAUCGUAGAAAUCAACAACCAUAAACUCAAGGCCCAGCAAGACAAACUGGAUAAACUCAACAAGCAGUUAGAUGAAUGUGCCUCUGCUAUUACAAAAGCCCAAGUAGCAAUCAAUACUGCCGACAGAAAUUUUAAAAAGGCACAGGACUCUGCCUUUCGCACAGAGAAAGAAAUAAAAGAUACCGAGAAAGAAGUGAAGGACUUACAAGAAGAGCUAAAAAACCUUGAUGAGAAAGCAGAAGAGGUCAUCAGCAACACAAAAGCUGCUGAGGAAUCCUUGCCAGAGAUCCAGAAAGAACAUCGUAGCCUUCUUCAGGAACUGAAAGUUAUUCAAGAAAAUGAACAUGUUCUUCAAAAAGAUGCACUGAGCAUUAAGUUGAAACUUGAGCAAAUAGAUGGUCAUAUUGCUGAACAUAACUCUAAGACAAAAUACUGGCAAAAGGAGAUUUCAAAACUGACAUUGCAUCCUAUAGAAGAUCAUCCUGUUGAGGAGAUUUCGGUUCUGAGCCCAAAGGAUCUGGAAGCAAUCAAGAACCCAGAUUCUCUAACAAACCAAAUUGCACUGUUGGAAGCCCAGCGCCAUGAAAUGAAACCAAACCUCGGUGCCAUCGCAGAGUAUAAAAAGAAGGAAGAAUUGUAUUUGCUACGAGUAGCAGAACUGGACAAAAUUACAUCUGAAAGAGAUAAUUUUAGACGGGCAUAUGAAGACCUUCGAAAACAAAGGCUUAAUGAGUUUAUGGCAGGAUUUUAUAUAAUAACAAAUAAAUUAAAGGAAAAUUACCAGAUGCUUACUCUAGGAGGGGAUGCUGAACUAGAACUUGUAGACAGCUUGGAUCCUUUCUCCGAAGGAAUCAUGUUCAGUGUCCGGCCACCUAAGAAAAGCUGGAAGAAGAUCUUCAACCUUUCAGGAGGAGAGAAAACGCUCAGCUCACUGGCCUUAGUAUUUGCUCUUCACCACUACAAGCCCACGCCCCUUUACUUCAUGGAUGAGAUAGACGCAGCCCUGGACUUUAAAAAUGUGUCCAUUGUUGCAUUUUACAUAUAUGAACAAACAAAAAAUGCCCAAUUCAUCAUAAUUUCUCUUCGAAACAAUAUGUUUGAGAUUUCAGAUCGCCUUAUUGGAAUUUACAAGACAUACAAUAUAACAAAGAGUGUUGCAGUUAACCCAAAAGAAAUUGCAUCUAAAGGACUUUGUUGAACUUUAUCCUAACGAUGGCAAGUUUGGACAGAUUUGGUGAAUUUCUGGUUCUGUUUGUAAAAGAUUACACGUGGUUGUAUAAAGUACAUAUUAAGCUA